CAUCUUUUGUUUCUCUUCUUUUCAUUUCUCCCUCUUAGAAUGAUGCUUCGUUCCUUAUGUGGGCUAUUGUUGGCCCAAUUGACCGUAUCUGUGAUGGCCGUUCACCCAUCCUCUCAUUCAUGUGACUCACCCAUCUACUGUGAAGGGCCGAUCCUAAAGACAGUGCAGCUGGCAAAACUGUUUCCUGAUUCCAAGACGUUUGUGGAUAUGCCAACGUUAAAACCAGAAUCAGAAGUGAUUAAGGCAUUUAACGCAAUGGGUGGUACAAAUGCAACCAAGAAUCAAAUAGAACAAUUCGUUAAAGAAAACUUCUUGGAUGCCGGUGCAGAACUUAAUAUGCUGACAAAUGUGUCUAUUAAGGAAGAGUUGGGAUGGAUACAGGAUAUACCCAAUCCUAAAUAUCGCGGCUGGAUCAAUCACUUGAACCAUGCAUGGACAAACUUGACGUUUGAAUUUGAUUAUAGCAAACUCUGUCCAGACUGUUCUACUUCUACUUUACCUGUCAAGCGUCCAUUUGUCGUGCCCGGUGGUCGUUUCCGUGAAUUUUAUUAUUGGGAUUCAUUUUUUGUGAUCAAGGGACUUUUAUUAAGUGAUCAAGACACUUUGGCAAGAAACAUGAUUGAAAACUUUUUUGAUUUUAUUGAUGAAUACGGAUUUAUUCCUAAUGGUGCAAGAAUCUAUUAUUUGAACCGCUCUCAGCCUCCGUUUCUUAGCUUGAUGGUAAACGCUUAUUAUGAAAAGACCAAGGAUGAAGACUUUAUGGCUCAUGCGUUACCUUAUCUGGAUAAAGAGUACACGUUCUGGAUGACCAACACAACGGUUGAAAUCAAAAGCCCUAGCCAUCCCCAAAAGACGUUCACUCUGAACCGCUAUACGACCAAAAAUAGAUCGCCUCGUCCAGAGUCUUAUGUUGAGGACUAUAAAACAGUCGAUGGUGAUGUCCAUUAUCCCGACGAUGUCAAGGACCGAAUGUAUGCCGAUAUCGCUGCUGGUGCCGAAAGCGGCUGGGACUUUUCUUCUCGAUGGACUCGAGUAAAGUCUCCAUCUCCUCACCAAGUUGCCAACUAUGAGAUGCUUCGUACAAUUAAUACUCAAAAUGUCGUUCCUAUCGAUCUUAAUGCACUCUUGUGGUACUUGGAAGACAGUCUAUCUAAAUGGCACAAACAGUUUGGUCAUGGCAAGGAAUCCAAAAAGAAGUCUAGACACUAUGCUCAACAAGCAAAGACAAGACUGGAGGCCAUGGACAAAUUGAUGUGGAACGACGAUCACUACAGCUUUUAUGACUUUAACUUGACUAGCAAUGCUCAAAAUAUUGAGUUCACUCCUGCCAACUUGUAUCCUAUCUGGCUUGAAGCCAUACCAAACCAUUUGCGCACCAACAAGACCAAGUUAUCACAUACUCUAGACGCGGCUGAAGAGGCUUUAAGAAAAUAUCCUGGUAUCUUGACCACCUCUUACUAUAAUACAACCAUGCAAUGGGACUGGCCCAACGGCUGGCCACCUCUCACCUUUAUUGCCAUUCAAAGUUUCAUGAACGUAGACACUCUUCUUGACUCAAAAUACACCACACGCUACGGUACCUCAUAUUCUGAAUUAGCCCAGGUACUCGCCGCCCGUUAUGCUGCAUCGGCAUUUUGUGGAUGGUACAAGACAGGUGGCUCUGUCCCUGGUGUAUUGCCCAAGGCAGCCUCUACUUCCGAUGAAGGUCAUAUGUUUGAAAAGUUUGAUGUUACUGCCGUUGGAACUGCUGGAGGACAGGGUGAGUACACGCCUCAAGUCGGGUUUGGAUGGACAAAUGGUGUUGCCAUGUGGAUAUUUAAUACGUUUGACAAUUUGACAGCCCCAGCUGACUGUAACCAGAAUAUUACAAUUAAUUUUUAAUGUUUAAAAAGAAUAAAGAG